GCUUUGGGCGGCUUUAUGUCUAUUUCACCGCCUACACGUCUGGGCACAACACCGGGCAAAGGUUCUGCUAUGGGACUCCUCCGAUUGUUCGGCAUUUUCGUGUGGCUGCUGCUGCCUUAUGUGUCUCCGUACCGUGAUCGGAUCAUUGGAGGCAAAGAGUGCUAUGAGAAAAAGCAUCCUUAUCUUGCACUGCUCUACCGCUUAACAAGUCCUUACUGCUCUGGAAUAUUAAUCAACAAAAACUGGGUACUCACUGCUGCUCACUGCUGCAAAAGUGGUGACAUUGUGAUCAAGCUCGGAGAGCACAACUUGGAAGAGUCAACUGGGCGUGAGCAGAUGAGGACCAGUGCAGAAACUAUUCUAUACAACACCAAGGCUGACGCCAAAUGUGAAUGCGAAUGCGAAAACGACAUCAUGCUGAUCCGGCUGAAUAAACCCGCGGACCUUACAGAAUACGUAGCCCCUAUCGAUUUGGGCAUAACUCCUCCCCCUUUGGGAACAAGCUGCACUGUGAUGGGCUGGGGUGCAAUCACAAGUCCUGAAGAAACGUUUCCCGCAGCUCCUCAGUGCGUGAACAUUACCAUCCUUGAGACCAAAUUGUGUGAGGAAAAUUAUCCAUGCAUAGUGCCUGAAAAUAUUCUUUGUGCCGGGGUUCCUGAAGGAGGCAAAGACUCAUGCCGGGGCGACUCUGGUGGACCACUUGUCUGUGACAAUAAGCUUCAUGGCGUUGUGUCUUUAGGGGGGGACCCUUGUGCCCAGCCAGAGCUCCCGGCUGUCUACACCAAUAUCAGCCAUUAUGUUGACUGGAUCCAGGAACAUAUUGGUGAAAGCAACAAAGGAUCCAGUCCUAAGCAUGGAACACUGGCAGAUGCCUCUUGAAGUCGUCUUAGUGCGAAAGCACCUGGUUUCCCUUUUUUGAAUUACCUAGUCUUUUAAACAGAUCAGAAGUAAGUCUCAUUAAAUCGAAUGGGACCUAUUCCCAGCCAUAAGUGCAUUCUACUGUAGCCUUCUCAUCCUCUAUCAACAAUCCUAUGUCUGGUUCUGAAAUCUAAUAGAAAAAAAUAAAUAAAGCAAUGUUAUUCCUGGAUAACAUACAA